CCUUCUCGUCCACUACCAAACGCCCUCCUUUAAAUUCUAACCAUUUGCUCUACCCAAUUGCAUACAUUCUUCCCGAUUUUCAGUCUUCCGCCAUGCUCGUCUUUGUGCCAUAGUUUCGAGCUUCAAUGGAUCCUUACCAAGAACAGCGUCUCAGAGAAGAAGUGAUGUACCUCCAUUCUCUCUGGCAUAGAGGCCCACCGCGAUCCCAAAACCCUAUCCCAAAUCCGUAUUUCCUCCGCCCAACAACAUUCGUUAGAAGGGGAUACUUACCUCCCGUGAAACGGAGCAGAAUCCAGAGGGAAUAUUCAGAUCCCGGAAUUGACUGGUCCUGCAAAAUAAGAAAAGAUACGCGGCGGGCAACUGCUCAUGGUUGGCCCAGUGUCUCCAUCCAGUCAAGUUCCCAACCCCGUUCGCUAACCCCAGAAGAACAGGCCCUGAUGGAUUCUAUUCAGGCCCAAAAAGCUGCUUUGAAGGCCGUAAGUGAUUUUCUAAGCUGUAGAUACAACGCCGAUGGAGAAGGAAACGAGGAUGAAUGCAUAGAUGAAUUUGAGGAAGGAGACAUGGAUGAUACAACUGAGGGAGAAGGGUGCAGGAACUUUGAUUUUUUUGAAAAAUUGUAUGAGACUGACAGUGCACUGAGGAAGUACUACGUGAUGAACUAUGCAGGUGGGGAAUUCAGCUGUCUGGUGUGUUACGCAGUGGGGAAGAGAAGUGUGAAGAAGUACAAAGACUGUCUGGCUUUAGUUCAACAUUCGGUUUCUGUGACCAAGACGAAGGGUAGGCAGGCUCAUCGGGCAUAUGGGCAGUCCAUUUGUAAGAUUAUAGGAUGGGACAUCAAUCA